UCCGCAGGGCUGAGCCGUUUGAGAAGCGCUGGGGCCGGCGCUGUGGUUCAGGUGUUUCCCUUGUGGCCUGGAGGUGACAGGAGAGGACCUACGUCUCCGGGACCAUGGAGAUCGUGUACGUGUACGUCAAGAAGCGAAGCGAGUUCGGGAAGCAAUGCAACUUCUCCGACCGCCAGGCCGAGCUGAACAUCGACAUCCCGCCCAACCCCGAGCUGGCCGAACAGUUUGUGGAGCGGAACCCGGUGGACGUGGGCGUCCAGUGCUCCACCAGCAUGUCAGAGCACGAGGCCAACACGGAGCGGUUUGAGAUGGAGACCCGGGGGAUUAACCACGUUGAGGGGGGCUGGCCCAAGGAUGUGAACCCCCUGGAGCUGGAGCAGACGAUCCGGUUCCGGAAGAAGGUGGAGAAGGAUGAGAACUACAUCAACGCCAUCAUGCAGCUGGGUUCGAUCAUGGAGCAUUGCGUCAAGCAGAAUAAUGCCAUUGACAUCUACCAGGAGUAUUUUGAUGACGAGGACGAAGUGGAGGUGACAGAGGAGGCCCCUUCAGCUAAAACCAUCAAUGUUUUCAGGGACCCCCAAGAGAUCAAGCGGUCAGCCACACACCUCUCCUGGCACCCCGAUGGCAACAGGAAGUUGGCGGUGGCAUAUUCUUGUUUGAAUUUUCAGCGGGCACCUGAGGGCAUGAGCCACGACUCAUACAUCUGGGACCUGGAAAACCCCAACAGGCCUGAAAUUGUCCUAAAGCCAUCUUCUCCUCUUGUCACCUUGGAGUACAACCCCAAAGAUUCCCACGUGCUUCUGGGAGGCUGCUACAACGGGCAACUCGCCUGUUGGGACACCCGUAAGGGCAGCUUGGUGGCGGAGCUGUCCACCAUUGAGUUCAGCCAUCGAGAUCCUGUGUAUGGCUCCAUCUGGCUGCAAUCAAAGACAGGAACUGAGUUCUUCUCGGCAUCCACAGAUGGGCAGGUCAUGUGGUGGGAUAUCCGAAAGAUGAGCGAACCCACAGAGGUGGUGAUCCUGGACAUUACCAGAAAGGAGCGGUUGGAGAACGCCUUGGGGGCCAUCUCCUUGGAGUUCGAGUCCACUUUGCCAACCAAGUUCAUGGUGGGCACCGAGCAGGGCAUUGUCAUCUCCUGCAACCGCAAGGCCAAGACAUCAGCCGAGAAGAUUGUGUGCACCUUCUCAGGCCACCAUGGCCCCAUCUAUGCCCUCCAGAGAAAUCCAUUCUACCCGAAGAACUUCCUAACCGUCGGUGACUGGACCGCCCGCAUCUGGUCAGAGGACAGCCGGGAGUCAUCCAUCAUGUGGACCAAGUACCACAUGGCUUACCUCACCGACGGUGCCUGGAGCCCAGUGAGGCCGGCGGUCUUCUUCACCACCAAAAUGGAUGGGACCCUGGACAUCUGGGACUUUGUGUUCAAGCAUUGUGACCCUGCCCUCAGCCUGAAGGUGUGUGACGAGGCCCUAUUCUGCCUCCGGGUGCAGGACAACGGGUGUUUCAUUGCCUGCGGUUCUCAGUUAGGAACCACCACGCUGCUGGAGGUCUCCAGUGGGCUGUGCACACUGCAGAGGAACGAGAAGAACAUAGCUUCUUCCAUAUUUGAGCGGGAGACCCGGCGGGAGAAGAUUCUGGAAGCCAGGCACCGGGAGAUGCGGCUGAAGGAGAAGGGCAAGGCGGAGGGCAAGGACGAUGACCAGAGAGAGGAGGAGACGACCCUCAACCUGGAGGAACUGGUCACCAAGGCCGAGGAGGAGUUCUUCGACAUCAUCUUCACGGAGCUGAAGCAGAAGGAGGUGGAAGCCAUCAAGAAGAAGCCAAAGCCUACCCAUCAGGGUAUGGAGGCAGAUGAGGAGAUGGAAGGAGAGGAUCAAGGGGAGGAAGAAGACAACCGUGCCGAGACUCCGGCCUAGAAGGGCCAGGCCAGCCUUGCCCGCAGCCCCACUGGCUCUGCACCCCCGUUUCCCUCCGUUUCCUGGCACAGCGCUGGCUUCGCAAGUGGGCACUGAGCGCCUCCCUUAAAGCAUCAACAGAGGGAGGGCUGGGGGAGCAGAGGGGCCCUGACCCGACCCGACACCCCACAAAGGGCGGGCCCCCAUUGACCCUCUGAGCCCAGUCCUACGGGACCUGCUGGAGGGAGGGAAGGGGCAGGGCUCAUGGCGGAGCUGGGGACCCCUCCUCUCAGCCAGUUGAGCACACCCUGUCUUUCAGCCAGGCCCUGCCUGUUCCCUCGGGUUCAGCUCCCCGCAGGGCUUUUCGGGCAAUCAUUUUCCUGUGAAGCCUGCAGACCUUUUCCAAGUGGGCUUGCCUCAGCCGUGGCGAAGCCUCAGAAAGACCUGUGAACAGGGAGAGGGGCUUCUCCUUCUCCCUUUCUGAACCUCCCCUCUCCUACAACUCAGAAACAUGGUCCGUCCGCUUCUAAAAUGUUUCUGGGCAACCGCCCCACCCCCCUGCCCUGGCAUGUUUACCUCGGGGAGGAGAUGCACGAACGAGUUCGAUUAUAGCUGUUUGCCUGCAAGCUUUCCACUCUCUUAAUUCUUACAAAAUUAAAUUAAUAACAGUGCUAACAGCGAGUGCUCAUUGUACGUCCUGUGCCGAGAGCUUUCCGUGUUCUCUCAUCUAAUUCUUUGUACAGAAUCCCUGGAAGGCUUGUUCUUUGAUUGCACCUACUCUCCAGAGGAACAAUCAGAUUCCAGGAGAAGUGGGGAGUCUGGCCUGGGUCACAGAGCUAGCGCAGGGCAGAGUAGGGACAGGAGCUCAGACAUGCAGUCUCCGCCUGCCUGGCAGGCACAUGCAGGGCCCGUGGCGACAGCAGGGACCGUGGUACAGCAGAGCACUCAGUGACCAUUACCAGAAACGUCCAAAGCCAAGAGGUCUCCUCAGAGCCAGCUGUGCACCUAAAGUCCCCCAACCACCAUGCGUUCUGUGGGUGUCGAAUAGUCCUAACGGGGACCCACAGUUGCCCUUUAAAAACUUGCCUGAGUUUAGAAUCCUACUGGGGAGGGACCCAGGGUCAGCCACCCUUUGUGACCAAACGAAAAACAAUAUGAAGUUGCCACUGUGGCCAGACUUUAAUACGUGGGGGGCGCCUUGGUGGCUCAGUUGGUUAAGCGUCU